AUUUCCUAGUUUUCGAUGGGGAGGGGAAGGAGCCAGUUCUGUUCCGCGAGGGUGCUGAGCGGAAGCAGCAGCAGCCGCUCUCCGAUCACCGUGUUCACUAAACCUUGCGUAACUUUCUCCUAAAUAUAAUCCGGGCUCCGUGUGCUAGCCGUAUACGAGGGGAGAGUUGUACGCUUUAGGACGUAAAGGAGACCACACACGAGAUGGAAUUUGACGACUACGAGAGCUUGCCGUCGGGCAGUGUUGGGAUUCAUAUGACUGCCGGAGCUGUGGCUGGAAUCAUGGAGCAUUGCGUAAUGUUCCCCGUUGAUUCAGUGAAGACAAGAAUGCAAAGUUUAGCGCCAUCUCCAGAGGCAGCUUACAGAUCCAUCCGGGAAGGUUUAGUGAAGAUGGUGAGCUCUGAGGGAAUCAUGAGACCCCUUGGAGGUGUGAGUGCUGUUGUCAUAGGGGCUGGACCAGCUCAUGCUCUCUACUUCUCAGCUUAUGAAAAAAUCAAGAGCACCUUCCCUUCCAACAAUUCUCUACAAAUUCAUGCUACCAAUGCUGCUGCAGGAUGUGGAGCAACUCUUCUGCAUGAUGCCAUAAUGGUCCCUGCUGACUUUGUUAAACAACGAAUGCAGAUGUACAACAGUCCUUACAGGUCAUGUUUUGAGUGCAUGAGCAAGUUAUAUCGUGCCGAAGGCCUUGGUGCAUUUUACCGCUCCUAUACAACACAGCUGGCAAUGAACAUUCCAUAUCAUGCCAUCCAUAUUGUAACUUAUGAGAAAUGCCAGAAAUGGUUGAAUCCAGACAGGCAAUACAAUCCAGGAGUUCACAUGACCGCAGGAGCGGCUGCUGGUGCUGUAGCUGCAGCUUGUACAACACCCUUGGACAUGUGCAAAACUUUACUCAAUACACAAGAAACCUCCACACUAGCACAAGUACAGGAAUCCCGGAUUGUUGGAAUAAUGAGUGCACUUCGAACCAUUUACAUAAUGAAUGGCAUCACAGGAUUCUUCAAAGGAUUGCAAGCACGAGUACUUUAUCAAAUGCCUGGCACAGCCAUAUCAUGGAGCAUAUAUGAAUUAUUCAAGCAUUAUAUGGUACAGAAGCAGAAUGAAAGUAUGGCACAACGUUAUGAUAGUGAUCUUGUCAAGGACAGGGUAAUUAGAGACACAGGAAAUGAAAGUGAAACUGCAAUAAAAUUUAGCAUUGACAGUGAAAAGAGCAUGCGUCUGAGUCUGGGUGCAACAACUAAUAAAACUGUGGAGAGGUUACGGUCUCUACAUAUGCCCUCUUCUCUUACAGCAAAUUGUGCAGCAGCAGAUGACAACUGGCUGGGCAAGUAGCAAUUACAUGCAUUUAAAAUUUCAUAGAAAACUUUAAACCUAUGGAUGGUGCCUUCAAUAUUAAUAUUUCCAUGCAAGGAGGUGUUAUUGAAUGGUAUAGUGCUCAUAAAAAAGAUAAUCUUGUGUAAUACUUGGCCAAUAUCAGAAGAUUCAUCUUAAAAGGUAUCUUGAUGUAAAUGUUAGGUAAUUCAACAUUUGCACACAGUCUAGUCAUUCUCCCUGAGAGGAAUUAAAACAACAAUAAGCAUAUCUGUUAGAUACUGAAAUCAUCUUCGGAUUCUAGAGACUCAAUUUUUUCUAGCAAAAUUAAAAAAAAACUAGCGAGAAACAGUAAGGACUGCACGCUAUAUAGACUUAACGCAACUAUUAUGAAAUGUGAGAACAAGUGUGAUCCUGUCUACCUAAUUUUUAACCAGGACUUCAUAAAGUUUACAGAAUGUAAUUAUUUUUAUAGAGCUAUCUGUUUGUGGGCAACAGUAGUAGGAAAUUCCAGGUGCUUAACCCUGUGAUACUUGCAAAAGCUUUGUAUCAUAUGUAAAUUGAUAGUUUUGGGAGGGGGAAACAAAAGUGAUUACUGCAUCAAUAUGUGAUGAACCCCUUUGGGAUAGAAAGACCAUUGUUAGUGCCAGUCCCAAUGUAGAUUUCUAGCUGAUGAGGUAGUAAUGAACUUCAGAAAUUUUAUGAGACUACUUAUUGAAGAUAAUAGAUCAAGUUUGCAUAAUACCUUGGAUCAUCUCAUUAAUGCUAAGAAACAGGACUCUGGAAAUGAGUAAAAUAUUUACCAUGAAAAUUAUGUGUACAUACAAAGUGAACUCUCUUUUGCAUGUAAGUUUCAGAACGUAAUGUUUCAUAACAUUUUAAAAUGUUAAGGGUCCUCCAUAGCACAAUUUUAAACUUCUGAAGUUCUGGAAAUAUUUAGAUAAGCAAGUGGCAAUGGUACUUAACAAAAACACUGCCAGCUUGCAAACUAUGGUUAACAAAGGCCAAAGGGGAUCAUCCUAAAAGGGUUCAGCAGUUCUGCAUUUCAAAGAUUAGGUUUUCAGAAGAUAACUGUUGCCUCACCAACACUUUUAAAUGUGAUAUAAACUUUUUUAUAAGUUUGUCAAUGUCCAUACUGUCGACUAUGAUUUUUUUUUUAUAUAAAGUUAUGUGAUGCAAAGAAAAGGUUAAACCUACAUGGUAUGCUACUUUCUUCAGAUGAAUUAGAAUUCAUUAGAGGCUAAUCUAGAUCAAAAUAUUAAUGGGAUGCUACAAACUUGUUUCAUUUUAUAUGACAGACUUGUGUUUGAAAAUAUUUCCUUAAAGUUCUUUCUUUCAUUAAUUUCUUGCAUAUGAGUACUCAUUAUUUUCAUUAUUUUAGAAGGAAAAUCAAUGAGAAUAUUUUUUGUUUUGUUUUGCCUUUAUAGUUUAUAAUGGGAUGCUUAGUCAUGUUAUGCAGACUUAAUAUAGUGGCUCUGAUAUCCUAUAGAAAUUCUAAUUUAUAUGGUUUCACUUAAUUAGUAACAUUGUUGUAAAGUACAUAAUUGGAAAGAUGUUAACUAUUUUGAUUCUAAUGACAACUUGUUUGUAUCAUCCCAAUAAGAUGCCAUAUGACUCUAAUUCAUCAUGAAGCUUUAUCAAGAAUAUGGAGCAUCUGUUCAGGGAUGAUAGUCCAUUCUGUUUAAUGAAUAAUAACAAUCUCCUUAGUACCAUCCUAUAAUUGAAGACUUCCCAGAUUAUGUUCUCCAGAAUGUAAUGCACAUGGUAUAAUGAGUGUGAGGUUAGUCCAACGCUCAGCAAGUUGUCAUCGUUGACUAACCCAACUGAUAGUCUUGAUGUAGAUUAAGUACCCUGUUAUAUCAGAACUGGUGCUUACUAUCUGCAUCAUGUUGGUUAUUUUGGGUUAAACUUCCUUCACCAGCUGUCAAGUAAUAUGUUAGUAGGUGGUGAUGUUUCUGUCAUGACUGGUAAUUUUCAGAAGUUACAAGAGUUGAAUGAGAAACAAGUACUUACUCCUGGUGAAGGGAAAUCCAAUUUGGUGUUGGAUUAUUCUUAAGCAAUACCCUGUGUAGCUGAUAAGCACGACAUUGCUUUGUAAGCUGUGAAAAGGUAAUAGUGUAUAGAUGUAUAGGCUCAGAUUCAUUGGUGCAGCCAUCUUGUGCUCAUUGUUACAAUUAAGAGAUGAGUAACUGUUGCUUUGCCUUUCUACAAUUUCAUACGAGGAUCUUGCAUAAAUAUACUUAUUAAUCAGUUGAAGGAUCCUGGAUGAAGGUGUAGCUGUUAAAAGUUACUCAAGAAUUUUGUAAUAGUGAAAACAGUGUUGUACUAGCAGCGUAACAAUUUCCAGCACUUUUUCCUUCCCUAAUCCAAGAAAUUAUAGUUCAGGCAACAAAUGGGUGUAGUUAUGUCAUUCUUUUCUUAAGUAUGGGUGUUUUAGCUUUUUGACCUCUUUUAAGUAAUGAGCAUUGCUCAUUGAUUUCUUGAUCUUGAGGGAAAAUGUCAUGCAUUUAAUACUGGGGUAUUUUUUUAUUUUUUUAUUUAUUAUUUUCUCUUUUGUUAAUGUUUUGUUUAACAGCAUACAAUAGCACACACUGCACUUACAUAUGUGCAGUACAUAAGACAUGCACCUACACAUAUUUCUAAAUAUACAGAAUUUUUGAACAGUGAGUUAGUACUAUGCUGGCAGCAUAUAAGCCUAUCAAGAAAAUAUGGAGUGAAGUGUUGGAAGAUUACAUAGCCUUACAUUAAACAUCGGUAAUACCAUCAUUACCUGUAAUGGUCAUUGAGAAUCCACGGUGUGGGGUUGCUGCCUAUGUCAGCGUUAUUAAUGUAGUGUUCAGUUUCUUGAUUUUCAGUGUUGUGUGAAAGUAGUCGAAUCUCAAGAUGUUUUAGUGUACCAUUUGUGUAAAGUGUAAACCAACUAAACAGCAAGGAGAGUCUUUUCAGUGUAUUUAAUGUAUUUCACAGUGAAGAUGACUUCCACUAAGCUUUCAUGAUACUGGUUCAGAAACAGAUGUAGAAAUUUCAAAUUUGCAUUUAUUACCUUGGGUUUCAUGAACAUCAAUGAAUUUACAACUAUAAGGUUUCUGUUGAAAUUUUUAUCUUUGUAAUCGUUUUAAGAAGCAGGCAUUUGAAGAAGAGGCUGGGAGACUACAUUAAUUAGCAAGGCAAAGGCACCACCAACACAAGAUUCUUCAAUACUCUUGGAGAAGCUUCAAGCCCAGGGAGGUUUAAUCUUUUCCAGUAUUGUUGUUAAUCUCGAUUGUACAGAAGGAUUAUUUAAUGAGAAAUAUAUUUACAUUUUCUAGAA